AUGGACCUGCAACUGGACACAGAAAUACGAAAUGUUCUCGAAUUAGUGCGCAGCUCUAUGCGCACAAAUGGAACGCCCCUUGAAGCUGCGAUCCGAGAACUCAGACGUGUCACUGAGUCAGUUCAGAAUGCGAAAGACAGUCAUCACCCCAAGUGCCUCCUUGAUGAGAAGAUUGGCAAAGAUGCAUCUGAGGAAAAGGAUCAGUUUCGCUUCGAGGAUAUGAUGAGUCGCCUUUAG